CGUUCACACCGUAUGGGAGGGUAUGUUGUGAUCACGUGAUGCACACAUUUGGCGCCAAACACUGUGUUGUCAAACAAAACACAAGUUUUUCAUAAGUUUUUUAACCGUUCAUUAUCAUCACCACCACCAACACAUCACCCCAAUCUGAUCCCAACACACAAUGGUGUCGCUGAUCUGUGACCAGAAACUACGGGACGAGUUGUCCGACUUUUACCACACCGUCGCCGAUGAAGUGGUCGAUAAGUUGAAAGACUUGUGUGUCAUCCACGACAUAAGCGAAGAGGCCGUCUGUGCGGAACUGUUGGCGUUCGUCAUGAAGUACGACAAGAAGGAGCUGACCAUCGAUGUUGUGGACGACUUCCAGACGGACUACUUGGAUAAGAAGGCCAUCAAUGAGUACAAGAAGUCCAAGACAUUGGCGGCGAAAGUCAAUCGCACGCCGAAGGCCUCGACAUCGAAGUCCGCGUUCAACGCCAACCAGAGCUUCAAAGCGUUGAUUACGGAAAUGAGUGACAAAUUGGGUGAUAAUAAUCGGCCCACAACUCAAAUUGAAGUGGUGGCCAAUGACGAGUCGAUUACCGAAGACCCGGAAGUGAUUGAUGUCGACAGUCAAGAGGCAGCGGACGCACCGAAAACACCUGAAAAAUCGGUCGACCAGACCAUGGAGUAUAUGGACGUCAGCGCUAUGACCACACCUGCAGUGACCACCGCUUCAGAUGAGUCCAUCAACACGUCGCUGAAAAUCGAUGAGACGAUAAACACGAAUACGUUGUGUUACUUCGGGAACAGUUACUCGGAUCACGAGUGGCGGAACCGCUCGAAAACCAAAUACACUGUCGAGCCGUACGACAAGUCGAUCACUCUGUGCGAGACCUAUAAGUUUAUGUCACUAAAGAUCACUGAAACUAAUGAGAUAUUGAAUGACAUAAUCGACGAGUUCUCGGAGCUCUUGAAGGAGAAGCUGGACAUCGAGUCGUGGAACCAGUUCUCAGUGCCGUCGCCGUCGGAGUCCUAUUACAUCGGACGCGUGUGUUAUGACUGCAACCAAAAGCACAGACUGUCGGCCGACUCGUUGCGGUUCGAGGGCUCCCGGUAUCUGACGAACAGCGAGUCCAUUGACUUGGAUUUGAGUCGUUUGAGUAGUUAUUCGCUGUUUGCCGGACAAGUGAUUGCCUGUAAAGCCAUCAAUGAGUCCGGAAAGUCACUCAUUGUCCAAGAGAUCAUCGAUUUGGACAAAAUUACUCAAUCGCCAGCUGUUGUGCCAACGUUUAGCCAACCAUUGCAUCUGAUGGUAGGCGUCGGACCCUUCAAUAGCCACCAGUCGCUCGAUUGGGAACCGCUGAAGAAGUUGAUGGAGAAAGUGAAGAAAUACGAGCCCGACUUCUGCAUACUUUUAGGACCUUUUGUGGACACUAUGAACGAGAAGUUGCUGACCACUGAUGAGCCAAUUGAUCGCUACUUUAACUCUCAAAUGCGAUACAUAUCUGAAGAACUCCAGGACUUGAAGACCGAAGCCAUUGUCAUACCAUCGACACGGGAUCUGAAUGUCUUCAACAUAAUGCCGACAAUGGCUUUCAAUUCGUAUAAAUCGCAUAAAAUACACUACUUUUCCAAUCCAUGCGUUUUGAACAUCAGUGGCGUUGUCAUCGCCAUGACAUCGACCGAUGUAUUGCUUCAUCUGAGCAAAGAGGAGAUCUCGGCCGGCCAAAACAUCGAGCGAUUGUCCAGACUUUGCAAACAUAUCGUAAAUCAGCGCAACUUUUACCCCAUAUUCCCGCCGAACCCAGAUGUGAACGUGGAGUUCACGAAAUACGACUUUUUGCGGCUACCGGUGAGCCCACACCUACUCAUACUGCCGUCCGAUCUCAAAGAGUUUGUUAAGAACAUAUCGCGAGCGGUGGUCAUCAACACCGGCCGACUGUCCAAAAGUAAAUACACGCGAAUACGUGUCGACCCCAUCGACCAGAAGUCAUUCAACGGGUCGCUCGAGAGCUACACUAACGUCGAGAUCAUUAAAAUGAAGGAUUGAUGUGAAAUACGCUAUAAGUUUCGGUUUAAUUAAGUAUUUAUUUUUUAAACACAAUAUAAAAGACAUACGUUUUUAAUACAGGC